AUGACGAAGUCUGGGCAUGUUUCCAUUGCCAGAGCCCGCAGAAUUAGCUUAAGAGCAUCGAUCUGGGUGACUUUUCUGCUCGCCUUCCUCAUCCUCACCCGUCAGUUGACUCGGUUCAGUGACAGUCAGUUGAUCGACAAGUCGAAGCAUCCAACCAUGUGGAAAGGUAUCUUCCCCGCAGGGCUGCUGUCCCUUGGAUUAGCUGGUUCGGCAUCCGCUACCCUCCUUUAUGUGGCCUCGUAUGCCGGUACCGUCACGACGCUGCGACUAACCUUGCCUGACGGUGACUACGUCGACGGCACUGCUGCUACCCUCGAGACCAUCUCCAAUUCGACGGGCUGUGGACCGAAUCCGUCGUGGUUAACGCUCGACUAUUCCAAAAACUUCCUCUUCUGUCUAGACGAGGGAUUGAACGAUCCUUAUGGAGGCGUGACAUCCUUUUCCACCCACGAUGACGGCACACUCACCACACUGAACAGGCUCGAGGUGAUACAAGGCCCUGUUAGCAUAGCUGAAUACGGUGUUGGGGGGCACGGACUCGCUAUCGCACACUAUUCCGGUUCUAGUGUCAGCGUCGUCGGGUUCGGUCCCGAGGGCAAUCUCACUCUGGUGCAGAAUGAGACAUAUACGCUCGCGGCACCUGGGCCUAACGCUGACCGCCAGGAGGCGCCGCACCCGCACGAAGCGAUCCUGGACCCUACCGCCUCGUACGUGCUGGUCCCAGAUUUGGGGGCCGAUGAAGUGCGUAUCUACCAGGCCGAUGCUGGUACCCUCGGGUUGACCCCUAUCGCGCCCCUUACUGUGCGACCCGGGUCUGGCCCGAGACACGGUACAUUCUUAGUCACCCCGGAGAAGACGUUCUUCUACCUCAUCUCCGAGCUGGCGAACUCGAUUACCGGCUAUGAGACCAUCUACAAUGAGAACAAGACUUUAAGCUUUAACGAGUUGUUCUACAUUCCUACGCACGGCGAGAAUAUAACUCUACCAGAAGGGACGGGCGCUGCUGAGAUUGUCGUGUCGCCUGAUGGAAAUUUCUUAAUCGCGUCAUCUCGCUGGGAGUAUUCGUUCAAUAUCACGAACUUCGAUCCUAACAACAGCACGUUGAUCCCUUCAGACCCACUCAUAACUUUCUCUAUCGACCAUGUCACGGGCAAAUUAACCAAAGUCCAAGAGUUCGCUGCUGGUGGUAGUGGGCCUCGGCACUUCUCCAUCAGUGCGGAUGGCAGCUUGGUCGCUGUGGCGCUCCAAGCGGAUGGCCGCGUCGUCCUCAUCAAACGCGACGUCGAGACGGGCAAGUUCGAGGACUACGUCGCGUAUGCGGACAUCGAAGGCGAGCUGACUGCGGCCAUAUUCCGCGAGGAUUAUCCUACCUUCUAUUAG